AACUUGGCGGAGUGCAUGAUAGUGGCGUUCAGCUUCAGGUUCCUGCGGCUGUUGAGUAGCAUGGUGAAGGACACGCUGCUCAUUGUUCUCUUCCUGGCGCUGGCGUCCCUCUUUCUCGUGAGGCUCGGGUGCCAUGCGGAGCGGUUCGAGGUCCUGCUGAUGUUGAUGGCGCUGGUCGUCUUCGCAGCGCUCUGGCGGAGUUCGAGGCGGUGUUGCUUCGUGUGGUACCUGGUGCAGUCGAUCGUAAAGGAAUGCACCCUGGUCUUCGGCCCGUUGGUGUCGGGGAGCCUCGGCGUGCUGGAUGUCUGGAGUCUGUUCAUUAACAGCUACUGUGUGAUCACGGAGGGUGAGUUCAUUGGCUGCGUUGGCCGUAUAUGUGGUGCUACGGAGUCGGAGGUAGAGCUGCAGCUGUAUUACGACGAGGUCCGCAGGACGUUCGUGAGUGCCUCAAUCCUGCUGUUGAUG